ACAUGCAAGUACUGUCCAAUGAGCAUAAUGGGUUUCAUCUCGUGGGCGUUCCCGUUUGCGCUCCUGCUGCCGAGACCGGGAGCGGAGCCAGUGUGCAGCACCGUCUAUCAGCAGCACCGACAACACGAGACGGACUGCAACGUUGUCAUCUGCUGCAGAGAAACCACUUUUUAACAGGCUCAUCCACUGGAUACAGGACUCACCACGGCCUCGAGAAUAACAAUGCCUCCUCCAAUGCGCCACCGCUCCAUGCGUGUCUUCAUGAAUGACGACCGCCAUGUCAUGGCCAAACACUCUGUCAUCUACCCAACUCAGGAGGAGCUGGAAAGCGUACAGAACAUGGUAUCCCACACAGAGCGUGCCCUCAAGGCUGUCUCUGACUGGCUGGAUAAGCAGGAGAAAGGAACCUCCAAGUCUGACUCUGAUGGCACAGACGCUGAGAGCGAGCACAAAGAUCAGGCCACACGCUCUCUGCGUGGUGUAAUGAGAGUGGGCCUGGUUGCCAAGGGCCUGCUACUGAAGGGGGACCUGGACCUGGAGCUGGUGCUCCUCUGUAAGGACAAGCCCACCAUCAGUCUGCUGAAGAAAGUGUCUGAAAACCUUGUUACACAGCUCAAGGCGACAGAAGAUAAGUAUGUGGUGACGCAGCACAUACGCGAGGCCAGUAUCGUCAUCAAGAACACCAAGGAGCCCCCUCUCACCCUCACCAUUCACCUGACAUCCCCUCUGGUUCGUGAGGAGAUCGAGAGGGCUGCAGCCGGAGAAUCGCUUUCAGUCAACGAUCCCCCGGAUGUUCUGGACAGGCAGAAAUGCCUAACUGCCUUGGCGUCUCUCCGCCACGCUAAGUGGUUCCAGGCCAGAGCCAACGGGCUGCGUUCCUGUGUCAUCGUCAUCCGGAUCCUAAGAGACCUGUGUGCCCGCGUCCCUACAUGGGCCCCGCUUCGUGGCUGGCCACUGGAGCUGAUCUGUGAGAAAGCCAUUGGCACAGGGAACCGGCCCAUGGGGGCAGGAGAAGCUCUGCGGAGAGUUUUAGAGUGUCUGGCUUCAGGAAUCCUCAUGGCAGAUGGUGCUGGAAUCUCUGAUCCAUGUGAGAAGGAAGCCACAGAUGCUAUCGGUCACUUGGACCAUCAACAGAGAGAAGACAUCACAGCGAGUGCACAACAUGCCUUAAGACUGUCAGCUUUCGGACAGCUUCACAAAGUGCUUGGAAUGGAUCCACUUCCCUCGAAGAUGCCCAAGAAGCCUCGCAGUGAGACUCCCAUUGAUUACACAGUGCAAAUCCCACCCAGCACAGCGUAUGCCCCACCAAUGAAAAGGCCCAUAGAAGAAGAGGAGGGGACGGAUGACAAGAGUCCAAAUAAGAAGAAGAAAAAGCUGCAGAAGAAAUCUCCAGAGGAGAAGGCUGAGCCUCCGCAGGCUAUGAACGCCCUGAUGAGGCUCAAUCAGCUGAAGCCUGGUCUCCAGUACAAACUGGUUUCUCAGACUGGCCCCGUUCACGUUCCAGUCUUCACGAUGGCCGUGGAAGUAGACGGCACGACCUUCGAGGCUUCUGGUCCAUCCAAGCGCACUGCCAAGCUGCACGUAGCUGUGAAGGUCCUUCAGGACAUGGGGCUGCCCACAGGAGUGGAACUAAAGACUGCUGAGCCAGUAAAAUCAGAGGAGACCGUAGUAGCUGCCACAGUGGAGGAGUUGAGGCCAGUAGUCACACCGGUUGAAACUGCCACUGCUGCCACAGGAACAGCCAAUGCAGACACCACUGAUGCUGUAGAGACCGCUCGCCAACAGGGACCGAUCCUGACCAAACACGGCAAGAACCCCGUGAUGGAGCUGAACGAGAAGCGCCGCGGCCUGAAGUAUGAGCUCAUCUCGGAGACCGGCGGCAGCCACGACAAACGCUUCGUCAUGGAGGUGGAGAUAGACGGUCAGAAGUUUCAGGGGACAGGAUCCAAUAAGAAGGUGGCCAAGGCUUACGCUGCACUGGCUGCUUUGGAGCGGCUCUUCCCUGAGGGCUCUGUGGCUGAGGCUGCUAAGAAGAAAAAGGGACCACCCAUGCACGCUCAAGGCUUCGGCAUGAUGGGAGCCUCUGGAGUCGGAGAUGGGGCCAUGCCCAGAGGCAGAGGACGUGGAGGCAGAGGUCGAGGGAGGGGCCGGGGCUUCAAUAAUGGAGGAGGCUACGGCCAAGGAGGUGGAUUUGGAACGUACGGUUACGGGAACAGUGCUAACUCCGGAUACAAUUACUACAACAAUGGUGGUACAAAUGGAGGAGCCGGGGCAUCAAGCAGCCCAUCAGGUGGCCCUCCCCCCAGCACAGCACCAGGAUCAGCACAGGGCUCCUAUGGUUCAUACUACCAGAAUGACGGCGCCUACUCUGCCACUUCAGCAGCCAAACCCCCCAAAAAGAAACCCCCAAUGCACAAGGGAGGAAAGCCACCCUUUCCAGGUCCCCCAGGGGCGAACACUGGAUCUGUGGGGGGUUACCAGUCCAGCAGCCCUGCAGGGCAGGGCUCAUAUAACCAGUAUGGCCAGGGCUAUGGGCAGGGAAAGAAGAGUUUCAACCAGAACCAGGGGGGGCCAGGUGCAUACUCGUACAGCACCGCCUACCCGAGCCAAGUGACAGGGGGUGCUGGAGGUGGCCAAGACUACAGUUAUGAAGGUUUUAACAACCAGUCCAACUACAGCUCACAGGGAGGUGGUGGAGGAGGUGGCAGCAACAACGGCAACAACAGCAACAACCAGGGCUUCGGUGCCAACCACUCUCAGUACCACAGCCCAGUGGGCUACGGCAGGGGAGAGAGCAGCAUGAAUUACCAGUACAGAUAGACUGUGUCACUGUGUGUGUGUGUGUGUGUGUGUGUGUGUGUGAAUCAUCGGCACCCUGCAUCAGUGUCUGAAGCCUUCUCCAAAGAAAGUGAUAGACGGCUUGGCUGUGCGCUCUGCCUUUUCCAUGUUAGCUUCUUCUGUGCUUUGGUUUCUGUGCGGCACACAAGGGCACAAAACGACUGUCUGGACUGUAAGUGUCAGAGCUGAGUUAUGGCUGAAUUUAGUGGUCUGGUCAGUGCUUAGUCUUGUGUUUUUAGGUUCUUAUUUUCAUUUUAAUUUUUUUUUAUCUCUGCUCCUCAUCCUCGUCACUAAAUAUGAAGGCUGACGCUGGAGAUUACUCACUCACUCGCUCUGACUGGUUUCUUUUCUUCUAAAGAGUUGUGUGGUGACAACAUUUUUUCUCGUGUGAAACUAGUAACAUCUUGUAGUUGAAACUACAAAGGUUGAUGUAAUUUUUGUAACAAUUCAAUAGACCAGAAUAUCUUCUUCUUUUUCUGCCUCGCUUGUAAUUUUUGCUUCUUUUGUAAUAGUGUAGUUAUUUUAAUAAAUGGUUUUGGAGAUUACUGGAAAGUACAUUUACAUUCUGAUGUCUGUUUCUGCUCAAUGUAGCUUUUUGAUUGGGUAGGAUUUGUUCCUGUUAAUGUAUAACAAACUGUGUUUGUAUUAAUAAACAAUUUUUAUUUUGAA